AUGUUUGAAGAAAUAUAGCUUAGUGGAAUCAAUGCCAAAGAAAUAGCAUCUUAAUCUAAUAUUACCUUAAUUGGUAAUUAGGUUGAAGAACAUUAUAAAUGCACAGACUCAUCUAUUACUUAAUAAAUUGAAGACAUAAUUUAUGUUGUGUAUGUUUAAUUAUGUAUUAAUCAAUAGAAAGGUUUCGAAUGGAUAGACUGUUUCAAUUCAUAAAUAUGAUAUGAAGGAUUUAUUUCAUAAGUAAAUAACAUUAACAAGUGAGUACCUCAAUUUUUCUCAUUUAAUUACUCAAAAUGGUUGUCUAAUAAUGAGGGACAAUGACACUCCUUAUUUAUUAGUUGUUACACAAACAGGAUAAAUAUUUUAUAAGAAUUUCAUUUCUAAUACAUAAACCAUUAUUAAGAAUUUAAUGGUUGAUAAUUAAAGAUUUGUGUGUCUAGCUAAAUCACUCAUAAAUUAUAAUUAAAUUAAAUUUUAUGUAUUAAGUGAUGUUGACUUAUUAUAUUUUAUAACAAUUGAUGUAAGAAAAGGAGAAAUUGUAAAAAGCAAAUAUCAACUAAGUUUUGGUACCAAUUUUUUAAAUAAAUUUUUUGGCAAUCAAACUAAUGAUUGGAAGACUGCUUUUUAAAUUAAUGAUAAAUAAAUUAUUCACUAUUCUUUUUAAACAUAAUUUCAUUUGUUAGAAAUUAAAGGAACAGAUUUAACAACUAAGUAAUUAUCAAUCGAAGAUAAUAUUAAGGUUAAAUAAAUUGAAGUUUUUUAACAUAAACCAAAUGGUUAAAUUACAAUGUGUUAUUUACAAUAGAAUCAAAUGAAAAUCUAUUCUCUUAUUGGGAAUUAAUUAAGAAUUAAUUGUGUUAUAACAAAUUUAGAUUUCUUAUAAAAUAUAACUUUUAAUAUUAGCAGCAUCUAAAAUACUAUUAUUUUAAUUUAAGGAAAUGAAAUUUAUUAUUUAUCUAAUGAAAAUAAUACUUUUGAAUUAAUAAAUUCAAAUAAAAAUUCUGUUUUAGGUUUUAUUAAUUAAGACGAUUAAUUGUUAUUGUUUUAUAAAAAUCAUAUUUCAUUUAUAAAUUAGGUCUCAGACCAGAUAAGUAAGAGAUAAUAUGAAUUAAGACAAAAAAUAUAUAAAUUUAAAAAGGAUGUAGAAAAAUAAUAUAAAUUAAAAGAUGAAGAGUUAAUCUUAUAAUCAAUAUCCAUAGAUUAUUAUGUAGAAAAUAAAUUUGACUAAUUCUAAACCCUAAUUAAAUUUAUGCAUCGUAAUUUUGAUUAAAAGAGAAUAAUAUAGUUGAUGAAACAAUAAUAAAAUAACUUUUUCAUAGAAGACUUUAUGAAUGAAUUAAUGGAUGAUUUGGAAGAUAUUUAUUACUAUUUGAAACCAACAAUUUAAAUGUUAGAUUUGGAUUUUAAUUAAACAUACACUUAAUUGAUUAAAUAACUAAAUUGUUUAGAUCAAUUCUUAUUGUCUAUAUUUUAUGAUAAAUUCUAAAAUUCAUAUGAUAACAGACAAGAUUAAUGGGUGAAAUUUUCAUUGCUAAAAUCUAUUGUGAUAAAUCAACUAAAAGACUAUUAUUAUAUGUAUUUGGAAAUCUAUUUAGGUUUGACUGUUCUUGCCAAUAUUUUUAAUAUUUAAGUUGAUCUAUAACAUGAUCACAAACUAUUUUAUGAUACAAUACUUUUAUUAAUUUUAUUUUAGGAUAAGUCAUAUGUAUCAUUUUAAGAUUUACUAAAAAAGUAAUUUUAUAUAAUAUCUAAUGAUAUUUAAAUAUAAAAAUUAAAUUCUAUUCAAAAUAUCAUUUAUAGAUUUAUAAAUUUAAUCUAUGGUGAAGUAUACAGAGAUUUUGCUAUUCCAGAAGAAUUAUUAAGUGAGGCUUUUGUAUAAAAUUAGAAAAAAUCAUUAAUUAAUUAAAAUAAUGCUAAGGAUUUAAUUAGAUAUUGCAGAGUGAGUUAAUAAAUUGGAUUAUAAUAGCAAAAUAUCUUAUAAUUUAUAAAUGAAAAUGAGGACCAAUAUCAAGAGUUAAAAUUGAGAAUCUCUUUUUACUUAUAAAAAUAACAAAAUCAAUUUGGAGAAGAUGAUUAGUAAAUAAUAUUAAAGAAAUUGAUAAGUUAUGCUAUAAAAUAAGAACAAUAUUAACUUUUGUUUUAAAUCCUUAAUAUGAAUGAAACGAAAUAAAUUAAUGAAUAACUAUCAUUAAUGAUUGAUAGUGAUUAAUUAUUGAAAUGCUAAUUAAGUAAUAUAUAAAUUAUCUAUGUUAGAUUCAAGAACAACUGAUUAAAUAGCUGAAUUAUUACUUCAAUAUUCACGUGAAAGAUGCAAUAAUUUGAAAAAAGCUGAAAAAAUACUUCAAUAUUUUAGUUUUCUAAUGAAGCAAGAAUCAAAAGGAAAGGUAUAGAAUUAUAAAAUAAAAAAAGGCUUUUACAUUAUUGUUUGAGUAUGUGGUAAAUUUAGAAAUCUUGUUAUUUUCUUUAAAAUAUAAGGAUGUUGCUUAUGGAGUGAGAAUUUAAUUAGAUUAUAUAAAGUUAUUAUUAAAUUAGAUGGAGUUAUAAAGUUAAUAAGAUUAAUUACCUUAUUCAAAAUAAUUAAUUUGUAAAGUUAGUGAUUAAAAUUAUGAAUAAUUUUAGAAUCCAAGCACAAUAAAUGAUAAAUCUGAGAUAAAUUUAACAUCUCCGAGAAAUAUUAGAAUAGUAAAUUAAGAGCAGAUAAUAAAAUUUUAAAAAUAUAAAGAAAUUUAAAAUUUUGUUUGUGUUAAUUAUACACCAUAUGCUUAACUAAAUAAAGUAGUAGAACAAUUGAUUUUUAAUGGAAAUUUAAAUAAAUUGAUUUAAGUAUUUGAAUUAAAUUUGGAUCCUAAUUUUGAGAGGAACAUUGUGUUUUUUUAUUUUUCUAAUGAGGGAUAAAGAUUUGAACUAUUAAAUAAAGCGAGAAAGUUUUUAAGUUAAAAAGAGUUUUCAAUAGUUUUAGCUUAGAUUUCUGUAGUAUGUAAUUUGAAUUUUGAAAAGUGCAAAGAGUUAUUUAAGAUGGCAUAGAGCUAAGAAUACUUUUUAUAAUAUUUAAUAAACGUUGAUAAGGAAUCAAUCGCUAAAAUGAUAAUUUGA